AUGCGGAAGGAGCCCGGUGAAGACAGGCCUGGGGGCUGCCCCAGCAGGCUCUGGGAUCUUGUGCUUGGAAAUAGCCUGAGGUGGCUCAGGAAGCGGAGAAAGGGCGCCAGACCAUUCUCUGGCGGGGACCAGGGCCCAAGGCCCCAGGGCUGGAAGGAGACCAAGGGGCAGCCGCCCUGGAGGGACAUCAGUGCUUCCUCUUCCACCCAAUCCCCCUGCGUGGUUCCACGUUUUCCCACCAGCCUGUCGGCAAAGUUGCUGCUCUGGCAUUCGCAAGCUCCAGGCCCCAAGCGAGGCUCCCCAGGCCGCCAGCAUCUGCUCCGGGCAGCAGGCCUUGUAGCACCACCUGGAGGCAGCGGGAGGGCGUACAGGCCUGGACACCGGGAGGCCUCUUCCCUCACAAGGCCGGCAGUGGGGCCGGAGUCCCCGCCGGUCUGGCAGAAUCAACAACAGGGAGACUCAACAACGGGGAGAAUCAACAACGGGGAGAAUCAACACCACGGAGAAUCAACAACGGGGAGAAUCAACAACACGGAGAAUCAACAACGGGGAGAAUCAACAACGGGGAGACUCAACAACGGGGAGACAACAACGGGGAGACUCAACAACGGGGAGAAUCAACAACGGGGAGAAUCAACACCACGGAGAAUCAACACCACGGAGAAUCAACAACGGGGAGAAUCAACAACGGGGAGAAUCAACAACACGGAGAAUCAACAACGGGGAGAAUCAACAACGGGGAGAAUCAACAACACGGAGAAUCAACAACGGGGAGAAUCAACAACGGGGAGAAUCAACAACACGGAGAAUCAACAACGGGGAGAAUCAACAACGGGGAGAAUCAACAACACGGAGAAUCAACAACGGGGAGAAUCAACAACGGGGAGAAUCAACAACACGGAGAAUCAACAACGGGGAGAAUCAACAACACGGAGAAUCAACUCAGUGGGGAGGUGUCGGCUGCUUUUUGUGUGUCGAGCCCUGAUGAGGAAACACAAGCCAAGUAGAAACAGUCCGUGCCCCAGAGGGGUUCGCAGCCUUUGGGGGACUGUGACAGCAUCACAGCAGGACGAGUGCUCUGUGAUCCUCACGCACCAGGUGUCUCGGGAGCAGAGGAGGUGGCUCCGCACAAGGCCACGUGGCGCCGAUGUGACGGGGGAGGACGGCGAACGCCAGACGAAGGGAGACAGCGGCAAGAGCCGGAGGGGUGGUGGGGCUGCGUCCGCGCGUUCCAGCGGGACGGGCCUGCCUCACAGUGGCUGGCGGCUCCACUGCGGCCGCGAAAGGAGGAAAGACCUAGCGCGUGGCUCUCGCUGCACGCUGCGGACGAAAAGGUGUCCUUAAUUCGAAGCAAGUUAAUUUGUACAGAAACUAGAUUUGGAGAUUGGAGGAACCUCCGACUGCUGGAGUCUUUGUCGAGAGCAAGGGUUCUCGAAGGCCAGUCCAGGGCCGCUGCCGGUCUAGAGUCAAGUUUUCAGCCACCUGAGGUGAAAUGGUGCCAAGAGAGGAGCGAGGCCCAGGGCAAGGGUCAGAAGAGGGCAGGCAGAGGGAGUGGACACCACACAGAUGGGGAAAGAUUUCCCACUAGACAGGAAGCUCCAUGAGGGCAGAGACCAGGUUUAUCUCCCGUACCCACAGCCUGGCAAGUAACAGACACACAUAAGAACGGGAAGAAUGGAGAAAGAGAGAGCGAGUGCAUGUGUCUCCCGGCUGCAGGUAUUUUGGACACUCCCACCCCUGCCUCAUGCCGGCACUCAGCCUCAGUCCUGAAAUCCUGCAUACAGUGUGUGGGCUCUGGGCCCCAGCUCCUCCGCAGGAGGAGGGGAGCAGACAGGGGAAGCAGCUCCUGACAGGGAGGGCAGAUGAGGGUGGAGGAGAGGACAGUGUGUCCUGGCCCUUUCGUCCACCACUGGGUUACUGCUCCACCUAUUCCGAUCCCACCACCCUUCAAUAACCACUCACAUCUGAGGAUCUGAUUGACUGGCCAGCGUUGCUCCUGCUCGUGCCCUCCAGAUGGGAACCCGACAAGGCAGGGAGCCAGGGUCAGGCCCAGAAACCUGCCUAGAACUUCAGCAUCCAGCCAACCAGCUGCACUGAUGAACUGACAAUCCACCCAGGGCUGGCCGGGGCCGCUUGGAGGCCCAGAUCUCCUCCGCUGAAGGGCGAGGGGGAGGAGGGAGACAACUGGAUGUUUGCUUCAUCUCCCUCUGCCAGAGACCCCUUUCCUUUCUUGGCCUGGCUAAUUUCUACCGUCUUGAAAAACUCCGCAGAGGGGCCACCUGCUGUGUGACGCCUUCCUCAAUACCUGCCUCCCUCCCGGGCUGGCUCCCGCUGGGGACACUGGGAGGACAGAAACAGGCUGCAGCUUAGCAAACAUGAGCUGAUGGAAAAGAAAAUUACUUGUUUGUGACUUCCUUGGUCUCACUUCUCCCUGGGCCCCAAAUCCUCUGCACCACCCAUGCUGUCUUUCAAAGAACAGCUCCUCUUUUUCUGCAUCUGUUGAAAUCAAGAAAUAGAAAUAAAGAACAGCUUCCUCAGCCCACUUAGGGAGCAUGGGGAGGGGAGCAGUGUGCUGCUGCGUGAAA